AUGGCCGGCCCUCCUUCUCCCGGCAGCGACGGGCCAACCUUUGGGCCUCCACCGCUUCCCGCCGGUUGGAUUGCCCAGUGGGACGCCUCGUCCAAAAAGUACUAUUUCGUUCAGUUAUCAACGGGCGCGUCGCAAUGGGAUACACCCACCGAGGCUGCCCCCGUCGGCGGCACCCCCGCCGCACGCAGCGAUCACCCCUACGGCGUGCCCCAUGGCGCCAACGGCGGUGCCGAGAUCAUCGUGCAUCCUGACGGCAGCCGGACCGCGAGGUAUCCCGACGGGCGGCUCGAGCCUGUGCACCCGCGCGAGGACGACUAUACCAGCGGGACGAGGGGGAUAGGUGGCGGGGAUGGGGAUAGGGGUCUUGGAUCCUUCCUCGGAAAUACGCUCAGCUCGCUCGGCGGUAAACAAGGCGGCGGAUCUCAUGGAGGCGGCGGCGGUGUUGGCGGAGUUGCUGGACAGCUAGUGUCUGGACUUCUCUCUUCUGGCGGUUCUGGUGGAGGACACAGCAGUGGCGGUGGCGGCGGCAUUGGCGGGAAACUUGCCUCGCAGCUGGCUUCUAACCUGUUCUCCAGCGGCAAGCCAUCGUCGCAGCCCCAGAACUACCAUGGUGGGCAGUCAUCCGGACACUCUUCAGGCGGUGGUCUCGGGGGUAUCGUCGGAGGCGUCGCUAAUAUGUUUGGCGGGAAGCCCCAUGGCUCGGUAAGGUUCAAAACUCUGAAGUGCCACCACAAAAAGCUAACGGCGCGACAGGGCCAAAACAACUUCGGUUACUCGAAUAACGGCCAGACAGGCGGGUACAGCGCACCGGCCCCGCCGACUUCGUACCAACCACCCUCACAACCCGGAACCACCCCGUCUCAUUACGGUAGUGCGUCUUCGUAUCAGUCUUCAAGCCAGCAUCACGCCCCGUCAUCUCAGUACACCUCGUCGUACAGCACCAGCGGCCCGUCGUCACACAACCAAAGCUACGGCGCUUCGCCACAUGGCCAGUCCCAAUCCUACGGACCGCCAUCCUACGGUGCCCCUCCCGCUGUACCCGGCGCCUACGGUCAACACAACCAAUCGCAUUACUCCCAACCCCAGUAUUCCAGCGGUGGCUCUGGUGGCGGGCAUUCUGGAUACCCUUCGCAGCCGCAAUACGCUUCGGGCGGGCACCAUCAGGGGUAUGGCGGCAGCGGCCAAUAUCACUAG